CCAACCUGCAGCCUUUCAGGCGUUCAAUCCUGAAAGCCUGACACCAAUUUGCACCAGCAGCAAAAAGCGCAAGUGUCGCUGGUAGUAAUGACACAGUGGAUGUUCACGGUUGACGCUACUUUCUCCACCAUGUGCACUUCUUCCUUUAUUUAGCGGCAGGUGCACUCUACAAUUAUGGAGUUUUGAAGAGGAAGGUGGGAGUUUUGGGGGGAAAGGCGGCCUUUCCCCUUAAAGUCUGAUGGUCGGACUGCUGGACAGGAAGGUCAAAGGGUUUGUGCCUUUUGUAAAUCCGUAGAGGAAAAAAAAAUAAAAAAUCUAUUUUUGCAAACACUUAAAUGUAGAAUUUUGUACAAAACACAGAAGAAGUUUUUGUAUUUAUUGAAGUCUAGAUGUCAAUGUAUGCUGCGAGCACCUUAGUUCGCCGUGUUCAACGCGUGGUCGACAUGGUGGACUGAGCGAGCCACACAAGGGCUCUGGGGUCGCUAGGGUGCGGUGGAACCUCAACACAAGCACAAUUCUAGCGCUCCGAACCAUUUUGACCGUUUGUUGACACGCUUUUUUUCCCCUAUUAUGUAUUUUUUGCCUCCUGGAGAGCAAGCGCUGUUAUAGUUUGCAAUUUUUUUUAGAGACGGUGUUUUUGGUCUGUUACCUGAUUUCAUAUUGGUUUUUUUUAGUUAAUUUGCAAUUGUUGGUGGUCAGUUGUCGGAGUAAGGCUUUGUAAAAACAUAAAGGGAGUUAGAGGUCACUGUGAAGAUUCAGUGGGGUGGUCAAGAUGAGUGUGGCACCGCAGAACUGCACCCACAAAUGCCGCUCACCGCAGCACGCAGACAACAUCGUGGCGGCGCUGACGGGGGGCUCCGAGGGGAAGCUGCGGGCCUUCCUGUCCUCAUACUGCCACAAUGUGGCCACCCUGCGGGACGACUAUGGCCGCACGGCCCUGCACAUGGCCGCCUCGCUGGGAAAGAAGGCCACACUGGAGUGGCUGCUGGAGAGUAAGCACGCGGACCUGAUGGCAAAGGAUAAAGAAUCGGGCUGGACCGCUCUGCACCGCAGCGCCUUCUACGGACAGAUCCACUGUCUCAUAUCCCUUGUCAAGCAUGGCGGACUUCUGUCCACCCAUGACAAAGAGGGUCUCUCUGUCCCGGACCUGACGAUGAAGGACCGACCGACACAUGUUGUGUUCAAACCCACUGACCCAACUGAAGUAUACACCUGGGGAAUCAAUACAAACUUCAGCCUGGGCCAUGGGAAUCAGGAGAGCCGGCAGCACCCUGAGCUUGUGGAUGUGUUUGCAAGGACUGGAGUUUACAUCAAGCAGGUGGUCCUGUGUAAGUUCCACUCUGUGUUCCUGUCCCAGAAAGGCCAGGUGUUCACCUGCGGCCACGGACAAGGAGGACGCCUCGGCCACGGAGACGACGAGGCUUAUAUGGUUCCUCGGAUGGUCGAGGGUCUGACGUCCCACCACUGCUCCCAGGUGGCGGCAGCUAAAGACCACACCGUGGUUCUGACGGAGGAAGGAUACGUUUACACUUUCGGCCUCAACACCUUCCACCAGCUCGGCUUAGCUCCUCCCCCGGCUUCCGCACACGUCCCUAAACAGGUGUUCUCCAAGACGCUGAGAGGGAGGACGGUGAUUGGUGUUGCAGCAGGAAGGUUCCAUACGGUACUGUGGACUAAGGAGGCCGUCUAUACGAUGGGACUGAACGGAGGCCAGCUGGGUUACCUCCUGGAUCCGAACGGGGAGAAGUGUGUGACAGCCCCUCGGCAGGUGUCAGCGCUGUUUCAUAAAGACGUCACCAUAGCCACGGCUGCAGCAUGUGAUGGGGCCACGGUAGUGGUGACGGAGAAGGGGGACGUCUACUUGUUGGCCGACUACCAGUGCAAGAAAAUUGCUUCAAGGCAGCUCAACAUUAAGAAGGUUCUGGUCAGUGGCGGCAGUCUGGACCACCGUGUGGACCCACAGAUCCUGAAUGAAGGAGGAGGGGAAAAGGUGGCCAUCUUGGCGUUAGAUGAAGCUGGGAGGGUGUUCUGCUGGCGUUCCUGCGGCAGCUCGGUGAGACAGUGCAGGUGGGCGUAUGGACGCCAGGUCUUCAUGUCGGACAUUGCUAUCAGCAAGAACAGCAUGAUGUUUGUGACUCAGGAGGGGGAGGGCUUCAGUGGCGUGUGGGCUGGAGAGUAUCGGAAGUACAGUGAGAAGAAAGAGGUCAGUGUGGAGGUUUGUGGCCAUUCCGAUUCCGGGACGCUGUAUGAGCGAAUCCGUUUGGAGAAGCUCCCGUACGUCCACAGAGCUGUCAGCAUCACCAUGGACUCUAAAGGCCGGAAUUUUGGAGUUCUUCAGGCUGACCCCAAAACAAGCUUGUAUGAGAUUCCCAGCAUUUCACCCUCCUCCUUCUCCCAACACCUCCGGAGCCUUCUGGACGAGGCGGAUGAAAUGGACAGCAUCCACGACGUGACGCUGCAGGCCGCCGGUCGCACCUUCCCGGCUCACAAGUACAUUUUGUCCAUGAGGUCCGAGUUCUUCCGAAAGCAGUUCAUGUCCGAGUGCUGUGGGAUUGGUGAGGAUGAUCUCGAUCAGGAAGUGAGGAAGAGCGAAGAUGCCAUGGGCUGCGACUUGCUCAUUUUGGAAAAAAUCCCACCUGACAUGCUAGAACACGCCCUCCACUUCAUCUACACUGACUCCUGUGAGCUGCUGGUGCAUGGGGCCCGGCCGAGGGUCUCAGGGGCCAUGACGGGUCAAAAUAAGGAUUCGGAGCAGGAGAGGCUCAUCAGCGGCCUGCGGGACUUGAACCUGAGAGGUUGUUCAGCACUUGAGGUGUACCGCUCCCUAUCCCCUGCAACCAAAGGAGAGGUCGACAAGGCCAAGAGCAAGGGCUCCAAGCCUGGCAAGAAGGGGAAAGGAGUCAAAGGUGACCAGGCGGGAGCAACCGAAGGAGGAGGAGCCAACCCUGUGAAAACCUUGCAGGGUGUUGCCAAGAAGCUCGGCCUGGGCAGCCUGUCUGCACGACUGGACUGCGUCAAAUACGAAAAUGGAAAAAUCAUCGUCAAUCACAAGAAGACUGGCAACAAACCCAAAUUCUGUCAGAGGAAAUGCUCCUACCUGUGUGAUGUCACUCUGAAAUCGGGAGAUGGCAAAGAGUUUCCUUGUCACAAAAGUGUCCUCUGUGCAAGACUAGAAUAUUUCAACAGUAUGCUUGGGAACCCCUGGGUUGAGGCCACAUCCUGUAAUGCACUGGAGAUGCCCAUCAGCUCGGAGAUUCUUCAGGCCAUUCUGCAGUAUAUUUACACAGACGAGUCUCCCGCCGUUAAAGAGUCCGUUAAUGUAGAGUUUGUCUGCAGCGUACUGGUUGUGGCCGACCAGCUGCUCAUCACCCGACUGAAGGAAAUGUGCGAGGUCGUCAUCACCGAGAAUUUGACUCUGAAGAACGCAGCCGAGCUGCUGGAGUUUGCCGCCAUGUACAACGCAGAUCAGCUCAAACUCUCCUGUCUCCAGUUCAUUGUGCUCAACAUGGCCGCCCUGCUCGAGUCAAAAGCCCUGGAUGUGCUUAGUGAUGAAGUGCUCGUGGAUCUCUCUGCAGCUUACAGGCAGAUGAUUCCGGCCAUGCAAAGGAGAAUCAUCACUCCAUUCAGUGGCGCCCCAGACCUCAGUGUUUAUGGGGAUGAAGAUUUGGAUUCGGCGUUCAGCCCAAAACCCGAGGCAGACCUGGAUCACUCCAGCAGGGACGUCCUGUUUAAGAAGGCAAAGACGAAGGCCAAAAAGAAACCAAGGCGUCGAUCUGACAGCUCAGGGGGCUACACUCUCUCUGAUAUCAUCCAGAGUCCCCCUGCUGCAGUUGUGUCCCAGUGCCUGGUGAAGUCAGGCAAGGCGAACUCGACAGAGUCCCUGCAGGAGCUGCUCACGUCGGACUCGGAGGGCAGCUACAUGGGAUUGGGCAGCCCCCGAGACGUGCAGUCACCUGUCUUCCAUGACAGAGCUGAGGAUGAGAAAGCUUCCAGCCAGAGACUGAAGACUCCACCCAGCACCCCGACCUCCCUGAGAAAUGGUCUUCCAACUCCCCCUAACUCUGCUUCACAAAUCAUUCCCAAGGUUCUGCCCUGCCCUGCUCGUCCACUGCCAGUAUUGGACCUGAGAACCAUCAUGGACAUGGAAGCCAACUCUCUGCAGACUCUUGGAGCAACUCCAAAAAGCCCUGGAAGUGUCAGCACCAGCGUCAAGCACUCCCCUGUUCCUACUAAACUGUCCCAGAAGCAGAGGAAGAUGCUGGCCAUGGCCAACAAGGAGGCCAGUGUGGAGUCAACCGCUUCCAAGCCGACCCCCACAGUUACCACAUCCAAAAGCAGUGGGAAGGCCUGGGCCACGGCGGUUCAGUCCCCUCCCUCCCCGUGCUCGUUUCGGGCAUUGCUGCAGGAGGAGGAGAAGCGCCUGAUCAGAGUGGGACAAACGGGAACGCAGAGGGGUCACGGUGCGCCGGUGUCGCCCGUCACUCCUUCACCUGCUGCCAGGAGGGUCACAUUCAAAAGUGAAAGCAGCGAGCCAGAGAGACACACUGGGCCCUGGGUCCUGGGUGCGGCGGGCAGCCCGCCCCUCCACUCCCCGGUGACCUUUGCCUCCAUUGUGGAGGAGGAGAAGCAGCAGGAAGCCGCACUGAUCCGCAGCCGAGAGAAGCCGCUGGCGCUCAUCCAGAUUGAAGAGCGGGCCAUCCAAGACCUUCUACUCCACUAUAAGGCGCGUGACAACCCCGAUGAGCUGAUAGUGGUGGAGAGGUCCUCCAGUGGUCCUAUCGCAGCUCCGACCUGGAACAAACACUGACGUUCAACAGCAUAGACCACAUACCAUCAAAGUGAAAACAUCCCCCUGGAGUCGCCGUGGUGUCGUUGGCAGCGUCACUGCUGCAGUUUCCCGCUGAAGUAUUGUCAAAUCCUCAAAUAUCAUCAGUCUGUGUUGAGCCCAGUUGGAGGCAAGGCUGAGGCGAACUCAUGCUUCCCCUUCGUUUUAUUGCUGCUCAACAUUUUUGUUUGCGUGCACGUCUGUGUGAGUGUUGUUCACGAGUGAAUGUGGUCCUGAAGAGAUGUUUUUUUUUUCGAGCCAGGUAUUACUUAUGCAUGUUUUUUUUAUUUUAUAUAUUUGUUGGACUCAUGCAUUUGUAAAAAGUAAAUGACUUUCCCAAAUGAAAUAUUAGCUAUGUGAAGAUGAAGUUGCCAAAGAAAUGAAAAGAAACGGAUACGUUGAAGCCACAAAAUGGGUCCAAGCUACGAUCACCUCGAGCGCUCGUGUGUUUAAAUAACGAAUAGCUCUCGGUGUGAUUAAGAAAGUAAUGGUGCCAAUUAUCGACCUUGGCAGAGCAUCGGCUGUGAUUAAGUUAAGUGAGGUGGUUACGGAGGCCGUACCUUUUAGUUUCUCCUCAUGGUCCUUUUUGCCUUCCUGACACAUUGUGUUUGUGCUUAAGCUGAUUUUGCAGUGACACGGUGAACUCGCCGGAACCUGCAGAUAUGCAUAAAAAAAUGCAUAUUUAAAUACAUUUACUGUGCACCGUGGUAAACGCUCAGUAGGGUUGAUUGUGUGGAAGUGGCUCUUCAGCAUUUUACGCAGCCUCUAAAAGCCUUUUUCAAAUUGUUGACAACACGCGCGCACAGAUUCAGCAGCUAGAAUAUAUUUUAUUUAUCAUUUUCUUUAUUUUCGUUGGUCGUUUUGUUCUCCAGGUUUCUGUUUUUCAGUCUGGAGCCAGUGGAAGCUGAGUAGAUCCCUCAGCUCUGGACCACGUUACGUUGUCUUGAGAUGACAUUUGUGCGCGUGUCUGUCUGUGUGUGUGUGUGUGAGUGUGUGUGUGAGAGUGUGAGUGUGUGAGUGUGUGUGUGUGUGAGUGUGAGUGUGUGUGAGUGUGAUUGAACAGGGAUGUGAAGUGAAAAUGGCAUGCAAUAAAAAAUAUCUCGCCUGUGCAUUGA